CGCAGAGUACAAGAGUACACCCCGGCGGAAAGGGACAGCUACCCCAUGGGGAUCUCUGACUACCUUACAUGCAAGCCUCGGAGAUCUCUGGCGAUCCAUCCCAGGCAAUCGGCAAUGGCCACACUGCCAUCCCUGGAGCUCGCAGGCAGGAAAGGCAGUCGAGCAGCCAUUUAAGUAGACGCAGCUGGCACAUUGAGCCCGAGGUAACCUUUCUCUAUUAUCUCCUUACAUCCCACGGUGUCCCGUAGCAAAGAUCCAUGACCUCCCAUCCUAAAUCCAGGCUCCAAGAGCUGGAGCUCGCGCACGCGGGCGAAGGCACGCUCGAAGAUCUCAGGCAUGCCGAAGCACUGGCACUGCGAACGACGGAUGUGAAAAGGGGCUAUUUUACGAGUUUGACGCUGAUUGGAGCACUGGCUUCGAUCUCGCUGUCUACUGUGGCGAGCUACUGGGGCUUCUCACCUGCCGCCGCCGUCAUCACUGUCAUCAAUGCCGACAUAGGUCCCAGCGACAAUGCCUCCCUCUUCUCCAUCAUCUGGUCCGUUUCAUCGGCCGUCUCCAUCAUCCUAUUUGGCCGCAUCAGCGACAAGUUCGGACGACGUUGGUUCCUCGUUGCCGCUACUGCUUGUGGGUUCAUUGGAGGAAUCAUCGCCGGAACUGCGCAACAUAUAAACACUCUGGUGGGCGCCAAUGUCAUGCUUGGUCUCGCUGCAGGUGUUCACACUUGCUAUGGCCUGACAGUCGGUGAAAUCUGUCCCCACAACUACAAAUUCGUCGUCGUAGUCGGCAUCGUCGUCGUUCCCAACGUCAUACCCACGGGAUUCGGUGCCUAUCUGGCACAGCGAUUGGUACACACGGCCAGCUGGCGCUACAUCUACUACAUAUACAUCGUCUUGCAAGGUAUCGCGUUGCUUCUGAUGCUCGUCUUCUACCAUCCUCCCAGCUUUCGGCAGCUCCACGGCAACUCUCGUACCCGUAUGCAGGAAAUCAAGCGGAUUGACUGGGUUGGCAUCCUUCUGCUCGUGGCCGGACUGGUUUUGUUCUUGCUCGGGGUUUCAUGGGGCGGCCAACCUCUUCCAUGGUCUUCAUCUCGUAUCCUCGGCCUCAUCAUUUCCGGCGCCAUCCUCCUCGUCAUCUUCGGCUUUUGGGAAGUCUACUCUAAGACUCCCAAUCCCCUCGUGCCGAUGCACUUCUUCCGGGAUGUUCGCGGGUUUACCAUGCUUUUCAUCAUCAGUGCGGUCAGUGGGACGGUUUACCUGGCGUCCGCCAUCAUUUGGCCGUCUCAGGUCGCCGUCAUCUACGCCACUACCAUCACGAGCUGGCAGCGGAAGGCCUGGGCCUCUACAACCAUUGCCUUUGGCAUCUGGGGCGGGCUUAUCAUCCUCUCCCCCUUCCUCGGGCUGGGCAAGUUUGUGCGAAUUCAGCUCAUCUGCAUGAUGGCAUUCUCCGUCGCAUUCCUUGGCGCCCUGAUCUCCUGCAACCCCUCCAACUUCAGCCAGUCCGCAGCCUUCUCGUUCCUCGCCACCUUCCCCGCCGGAACGCUGGAGGUAGCCUCCGGUCUACUCGUUCAGCUCGACUCCAACGACGCCGACCUAGGCACGUGCUUCUCCAUCAUCUUCCUCGGUCGAACAGCCGUCGGCGCAAUCUUCACCGCCAUCUUCGUCGCGAUCCUAUCCAACAAAGCGCCCACGGAAUUAGUCAAGCAUGUCACCCCUGCGGCUUUGAACGCAGGUCUUCCCAAAUCCUCCCUUCCGGCGCUCUUCAAGGCAAUAGCUGCUGGCACUGCUGACGCUCUGGCUGCGGUUCCGGGCAUCAAUGCUACGAUUGAAGGCGCGGUGGCUUUGGCCACGGCGGAUGGGUAUGCGGCUGCUUAUGCCUAUGUCUACUACGCUGCGAUUGCGGUUGGUCUAGUCGGACUUGUUGCGUGCAUCUGCAUCAAAGACUACGACCCGUACUUCAACAAUCACUUGUCACGACAGAUCUACAAGGGUGGCAAGGAGACGGAGGGGGCAAUUGAUUACGAGAAGACCAAGAUGCGCGAGGACUCUUUCGCCGAAAACAGCGUGGCUGAGAAGGACGUGGUUACGGUGAAGGAGUGAGAUGGAGCGAGGCCGAAAGAUGAAAGUUUUUGACGUAUGUUGGAGCGCUGAUUUGGAUUGUGAGCAUCAACGUGUACUGGUCAUAUCGAAUAAUCGAUUCCCAAC